AUGCCCCCGACAAGCAGAAAACCAGGGGCAAAACUCCCCAGACCUCGCCAAAGUACCAGAAGCCUCCCUGGCCAAAUCAUGUGGCUCCCACCCCAGCAUCAAAUACCCGCCGGCAUCGACCCCAACCUACAAGAAGGAGCAUAUAACCACCCCGUGGUCAUCAUGUCUAGAAUUCCUUCACCCGAAGGCCUCGUUCAGAUAUUCAUGAUCACCUCCAUGGGCUCCCGCGGCAUCGCGCAAGCCCACAGGCCAGACUGGGCCCACUGGCUUAAAUACGUGCCCAUCAAGCCAGCACAACACCCGGCCAUGCCCGACACCCAGCUCUGCUUCCCCGACAAUUGUCUUCCGCUGGCGAAGAAUUCAUAUGUGAAUAUUCGGCAGUGGCACUCUGUGCACCUGGAGGCGUUGCGGCCGUAUCGACUGAGCGGCGGUGAGCCUCCUAUUCUUGGAGGAGCUUCGUUUAAGAGCUUGAAGGAAGUUGCUGCAUUCGUUGAUCUUUAUGAUCCCAACACCUCGAAGAGAUUGAAGGAGGCUUCUUCAUUCGAGGAUCUUCACGAUCAGACGAAGAGAUCAAAGAGAUUGGAGGAGUCUGAGAGUCGGGAUGGUUCUGGCCCUCUGCCGGAGAUGGAAGACUUGGAAGUUGAUCUUUGGGAGACUGAGCAGUCUGAUGUAUACAUCAGCUUAGCUAGUCUGAUGUUGCUUGUACUUCUUGCGGCGGUCUUUCUUCACCUGUAUAUCAAAUCAAAGGCAUGA